UUUUUUUUUGAGGUGGAGCUGAGUAGGACACUGCCAAAAAAUUAUAAGUAGUGGCCUCAGUUUGCUUAGGAACAUCCAGCACUUGGUGGAUGAUACAAUAGUGGUCUAGAUAAUUGAUUUAGGCAUAUGGAAAUCUAGAACAAAUAACUGGUUUUUAUGGUUUCAUAGGUUAUGAAAAGAAUAAAUACUUUUUCUUUCCUGUACAGAAAAAGCUGCUGCCCAAUGAAAUAAUUUUAUGAGAUUACUUUUAAAUUGGAAGUAUCACCUAUCAACGAAGUUAAAUGUGUCAGUGUGGUUUAUUUUUGAAAACAUAGCCAAGGAAAAGGAAACGACUUACAAAGUACCAUUUUCCUGCCCUGCUUACAACUAAGGAAAAUUUGAAAGUGCAAUUUGAAAAAAAUUGGCUUUUUCAUCCAACAUGACCGGUGGCCCAGCCUUGUCAUUUGCUCGGUGCCUGCUGAGGAGAAAAAUCGUCAACGCGGACAGUCUUGAAGAUUCCAAGCUAUGCCGCUGCUUAUCAACUGUGGAUCUUAUUGCUUUAGGAGUGGGAAGCACCCUUGGUGCUGGUGUUUAUGUCCUUGCUGGAGAAGUUGCAAAAGCAGAUUCUGGACCUAGUAUUGUACUUUCUUUUCUCAUAGCUGCCCUAGCUUCUGUUAUGGCCGGACUUUGUUAUGCAGAAUUCGGUGCUCGUGUCCCAAAGACUGGCUCAGCCUAUCUGUACACAUAUGUAACUGUUGGUGAAAUCUGGGCUUUUAUCACUGGCUGGAAUCUCAUUUUGUCCUACGUUAUAGGUACUUCAAGUGUUGCAAGAGCAUGGAGUGGAACCUUCGAUGAACUUCUUGGAAAACAAAUUGGUUAUUUUUUCCGAACUUACUUCAGAAUGAAUUAUUCUGGUUUAGCAGAAUAUCCAGAUUUUUUUGCAGUCUGUCUAAUAUUACUUUUAGCAGGACUUUUAUCAUUUGGAGUAAAAGAAUCUGCAUGGGUAAAUAAAGUCUUCACCGCUGUUAACAUCUUGGUCCUGCUCUUUGUUAUGAUUUCUGGCUUUGUGAAAGGCAACAUUAAUAACUGGAAGAGAACUGAAGAAUUUCUGAUAAACUACACUGCAGAAAUAAAAAAUCUAUCAUCCUCUGAGAAUGUGACAAGUAUAUUUGGAGCUGGUGGCUUCAUGCCAUAUGGCUUUACCGGAACACUAGCUGGUGCUGCAACCUGCUUUUAUGCCUUCAUAGGAUUUGAUUGCAUUGCAACUACUGGGGAAGAAGUCAGGAAUCCUCAGAGGGCCAUUCCUAUUGGAAUUGUAGCAUCUCUACUUGUCUGCUUUCUGGCAUAUUUUGGAGUUUCAGCUGCUUUGACUCUUAUGAUGCCAUACUACUUACUUGAUGAGAAAAGUCCUCUCCCUGUGGCAUUUGAGUAUGUUGGAUGGGGCCCAGCGAAAUACCUUGUAGCAGUCGGAUCUCUGUGUGCUUUAUCAACAAGUCUCCUUGGAUCCAUUUUCCCCAUGCCUCGUGUAAUCUAUGCUAUGGCAUCGGAUGGCUUGCUUUUCACAUGUCUAGCUCAAAUCAACCCCAAAACGAAGACUCCACUUGUUGCAACUUUAUCAUCAGGGGCUGUCGCAGCUCUAAUGGCUUUUCUCUUUGACCUAAAAGCCUUAGUAGACAUGAUGUCUAUUGGUACACUUCUUGCAUACUCAUUGGUAGCUGCUUGUGUUCUCAUACUUAGGUACCAACCCAAUUUAAACUACGAGCAACCAAAAUAUCCAGCAGAAAAAGAGGCCCUUGCAGGAUCAGAAGGCGAAUAUAAAAGUGAAUCUCAAAUUAGCAUGAUACCAACAAAGAGGUUUAAUCUGCAAAUGCUGACUAAUCCAUCAAGUUUACCAACUGAACAGUCUGCUACUGUGGUGAGCCUUCUUGUGGGUCUUUUGGCUAUCCUGAUUUGUGGAUUAAGCAUUCUGACAACCUAUGGAAUUCAUUCACUUGCAAAUAUGGAGCUUUGGAGUAUUUUUCUUCUUGUGUCUCUUUUCAUACUGUUCGGGAUUAUUAUGUUUAUCAUCUGGAGGCAACCUCAAAAUCAACACAAAGUAACAUUUAUGGUUCCGUUCUUGCCAUUCUUGCCAUCUUUAAGUAUCUUAGUGAAUAUAUACUUGAUGGUACAGUUGAGUGGAGAGACAUGGAUACGGUUCAGCAUCUGGAUGGCACUCGGACUCCUGAUUUACUUUGCAUAUGGCAUCCGGCAUAGUAUGGAAAGGUGUCCCAAAGAGGAAGAGGAAGAUGAUGACAGCUGCUCAGAAAGAAGCGAAACUUUAGAAAAGAAGCAUAUGGGAGAUACAGGUGGACUUGAACAUGCAAGUGAAAGUGCUCAGUUUAUUCCACAUGAAAAGACAAGUGAAUGUUAGUGGUCAUUGAUAAACCUGUUGUGUGCGCUUUUAGGCAGUGAUGGCAGCAGAAUGGAGUUGCUUGGUGAAAUGGUGAACUACUUGCUCCCCCCAAAUUAGCAGUAACCCACUUGUGCUUUAUGGAAAUAUCUAGUAGAAUACAUGAAAGAUGAUCUAAAUUAGUUGCUAGAUAUCUCUUCCAUCAGAGACUUGCCUCAGAGGGUUGCAAUCUUUAAAAAAACUGAGCAAGAAAGUGGAGGGAAAUAAAUUUCCCAAGGGGGCCAAUCUGACUCAUUUGUCAUGUUAAAGAAGUUGGUGAUUUCCUUAACAGUAUCUUACAACUUUAACUGGCAUGUACUAUAUAACUAAUUAUUAAGGAAUAUCUAAAGAAGAAGAGUUGAAUAUUAUGGUUUAUAAUACUGGAGAUGCAUUCUUAACUGCUUUUAAAAAUAGGGUAGCAUUGCCAAAUAAUCACACAACUACUUGAGUUCCAUCACUCUGUACCUUUCCAUACCUUGUUUCUCAGCCAGCCACCUUUUGUGGUGUCUUCUUCUGUGUCGUUGCUUCACAUUGCUCCUGUGAGUGAGAGGUUGAGGCUAUCCUUAGCCGUCCAUUAUAUCAGAAGUAGCCUCAGAUGUAUAACUGUUAUACUUUGUCGUGCAGAAUGAGGUAAUGGUCACUGACUGGGAACACAGCAGUCGUGACAGGAUGAGGCUGGCAAGAAGAAUAGAAAAUAUAAUACAAUACAAUAUUGAACUGAUUUAAGGAUGAGUGGAGAUGACCUCAAUUCAACAGUGGGGAAAGAUCCCAGAUUCAUAGAAAUUGCUGGGGGGAAAACCACAGUUAUCUGACCUAACUUCUGCUUUGCUGUUAUCCACAAGCAGUAUAAAUUAUGACAAUUCUUCUAAAAAAAAAUUAAGAAUAGUUGAAAUGGAUAUAUUUGAUAGAAAAUCUAGAUUGAAAUUCUGUUUGUAUCAGUUUUAUUUCCCAAUUCUUCAUCCUUGCCAAUGAAAAUGAAGAACAUGGAUGAAUGAUUAAUUUAAACAAAUGAUGAAGCACUAGCAAAAUGGCACUUCUGUGGAACUGAAGUUUACAAAAUGCUGAUGUAUCUGUUGACUUCCUUAAUAUAUGGAUGUCCUAAGCACGUCAGCACUGCCAGAGACGGCUGCAGAACUGUGCACCUAUGUUUAACUUGAUAAAUUAUUCAAUUAAAUAUAGGGGGGGGGGGAAACUUUAUUCAAACCUGGCCGAUUUGGGGAUGGUGGUGAGUAGAAUAAGUGUUGAACUUGCAUGUUCUUCUGUCUUACUCCAGUUACAAAGAAUUUGGAAUGUUUCAUUUAGGUCAUUGACUGCUGUUUGCACAUUUCAUCACAUCCUUGUCAGGUGGUGAUUAUUUUUAAUUAAUUUAAAAUGUCAAUUUCAAACUAUGAUAUAUAAAAUAAUUUAAAUAAUCCUCAGUUAAUAGGAACAAAAGUGAAACAUGAUGUUAGAUUAGAUAUGAAGGACUGUCCUCUCCCGUUACUUCAGGAGUGAGGAUCAAGCAGAGCAAGCUUUGGACCUACUACCGCUUGUUCUCCUCACCAUAAAUUGUGGUUUCUCCACAAUACCCAAACAUAGCCAUUAAAUUCUUCUUCCUCUCUAGGAAGCAAUUCUCUUCAAAUUCUUUUGUCAUCAGAGGUGAUAAAAUAUUUAUUAAAUAACUCAUGAAUAAUUUUUUAUUUUUGUGAUGUUCCCUCUGUUUAUGAAAUAGAGGUACCGUAUGUAUGUAUAUAUUGCAGAGAGGAGGGGAAAAAUGAAAAACAUAGCUCAAAUGUUUUAGCAAAACUAAUGUUUAAGUGUGAUAGGUCUUUCUUAAACUUUGAGAUAAUGUGCUGGUACCCAUUGCUGGCUUUACCUUUUGGGUAAGAUUAUCGGUUGACACUAUAUAAAAUGGUUAUAUAGUUAGUUCCCAGCAUACCAUUUGGGAUAAGUCAAGGCACUGAAUCUACUUUAAGAAGCAUCAUGUAUAAGUCAGCAAGUCCCAAAGAAUUUUUUUUUCUUGAGUCCAAGAGGGUUUGUUUCCAUCUUUGUUUGACCAUGUAAGGAUUCGUUUUUAAUUUUCAGGUUCAUUUUCCUUAAACAAUCAAUAAAAUGUUAACAAAGGUAAUGAAUAAUUUAAAAAUCCAUAUAUAAUUAUGUGUUGCUUUAAUAUACUGUACUUACAUUUGCACUAUUUUUUCCUACUUCAGCCUGCUUAUUUAUGUAUAACUUGUGAAACUAAUACGUCAUUGCAGACUUUAGUAUGAAUAGCAGAUGUGGGAGCACAAUUAUUUUUUAAAAAAUGUAAGCAUACAAACUUCAUUUAGCUUUCUAUGCUCAAGUUUAUAUAAUUGGAUAUAAAUCAUUUACAAAAAGACAUGCAAUGGGAAGGCACUUGAAGAAACAACUGUGUCACCAUUUGGUCAUCUCAGAUACACAUGUGAAUAUUGAAAUUAUGUGCAAAAGAACUAUACAUCUGGAGGUAUUACUUGUGUUAUUACUUAUAAAACAGGCAAACAUACAUGGGCUUUUUCUUUAAAUGAAAUUUAGGGAAAUAACUUUCUGAAGGAAAGUCGAUAAAAUAGAGAACUAGAUUUUAAAAUUUUUAGGAACUAUUUGUGGAAAAACAACCUUGUGACUGAAAUUUUAUGUAAAUUAUGAUCAUUAUUUAGAGUAUACAGAAUAGUUCUCCUCAUCCAAUUCCCAAAUUGUUAUAAAAUUAGAUGGAUGAUCUUUUAGUAUAGGAAAUGAAAGAAUAAUGAAGAAGUUAUUUUUACAUCUAUAGUAGCUUUUCAAAGUAGUUAUCUAAAGUUAUUUUAAACUGUUUUUAAGAUAUCUUUUCAUAAUAAAUAUGUCUUUAGCUUGUUUAAUUUUAAUAGAAAUAUGUAUGUUGUAGAUUAUUUAUGCAAGCUGUGAGACAGAACAAAAUUUAGAAAAACCUUCAGAUGGAAUGUUCAAAAUUACAUAUUUUGUACUGAGCCCACAACUGAUAAUGAAAGUGCUUUUUCUUAGACAAAAUUCUUCUAAAUGAGAAAAGAAAUAUUUCUAAUUAAAUUUGUAUAUUUAUAUUUUAAUAUUUUUCUGCAAAAGGCCACAUUGAAAUUAAGCAAAGUGCUUUAGAAGUAAAGAAUUAUUAUCAAAUCUUAGAUAAUAGUUGAUUCUAGAUAUUCAUCAUUACUUUUCAUGUGCCAUUGUUUUUUUUUCUUGCGGGUAAAUGCCUCUCUGCCAAGCAAACUGAAAAUGUUAACCCAAAUUGAAAAAUGUUAGGGAAUGCCAGGACACUUGGCAUUCAGACAUCAAUGCACGCAUAAACCAUAUUUACACACCAUUCCAAGGAACCCUUUAAAAAAACCUAGGAAGCAGAGGUGGGUUUCAGCAUGUUCUGACUAGUUCUGGAGAACCGGUAGCGGAAAUUUUGACUGGCCCCGCCCCUAUCUAUUCUCUGCCUCCCAAGUCCCAGCUGAUCAGGAGGAAAUGGGGAUUUUGCAGUAACCUUCCCCUGGAGUGGGAUCGGAAUGGAGAUUUUACAAUAUCCUUCCCCUGCCACACCCACCAAGCCAUGCCAUGCCCACCGAGCCACACCCACAGAACCAGUGGUAAAAAAUUUUGAAACCCACCACUGCUAGGAAGGAAACAAAAAGACGCAUUCUGUCCAUUUGGUAACAUUCAGAUAAGCAGGGAUUAAUCCCAGACAAUCAGACAGAAAACAAUACCCUAAUCAAGUUACUACGAAGAAGAAAACCGCACUCCCACCAAAAGUCUCAGGGAAAGCUACUUUAUAUAUAGACAAUAAACCCCACUUGCUCUAGUGAUGUUACCUAGUUGGGUAAUAAAUAUGUCUGCAAGCAAACAGCCAAGCUCAGAGAAUACCAAGAACUCCACAGAAAAUGUUAAACCUAAGACUUACAUACAAUCAUCUUAGAUCAAAACAGUCAUACAGUUCUUGAACUUCUUUUGAUAGAUUUGGGUUAUUUUGGGUGGAUUUACGAUUGGUAAAAGCUGGGUGAUUCUAAGACAAAGAUCUUUAGGCCCAUAGUCAAGUACAUUUGGGAGUAAUCCCUAAAUGCACAUACACUUAGUGUUACCCAGUAGUAUUGCCAAUAGACUUUGUUACGCUACCCUGAGAAAAAGCCCCAUUAAAAUUGAAGGUAUUUACUCCUGAAUCAAUGUGCAGUUCAGUAAAUAGCUUUCAUGUACUUAGGGCUGAGCUAGUCAAUGGUAAUAAUGCUCUGUUUUUAAUAAAUAAAAAUGUAAUUGUAUUUUUCCUGCAGUCACUUUUAAAACACGUCUGGUUGGAUGUGAUCACUUACAGUUGGAUGAGAUCACUUUAUUUUGAGGUUAAGGGAGCCUAAGUAAAAUACAUGCACAGACAUAAAAAUCUGAGGAUGUCAUAAUUUUUCAUAACUUUUGUCGUGUGUAAUAUAGCAUUGAAUGAAAAAGAGUAUAUGGGUAGUCCUCGACUUACAACUAAUUAUUUAGUGACUAUUCAAAGUUACAACAGCACUGAAAAAAGUGACUUAUGACUGUUUUUCACAUUUAUGAUUGUUAGAGCAUCCCCAUGUUCACAUGAUUAGAAUUUGGACACUUGGCAUCUGAGAUAAAUUUAUGAUGGUCUCAGUGUCGUGGGAUCAUGUGAUCACCUUUUGCGACUUGACAAAGUAAAGUCAAUGAGGAAGCCAACUUCACUUAACUGUGUUCUAACUUAACAACUUCAGUGACUGACUUAACAACUGUGGUAAGAAAAAUAGUAAAAUAAGUGAAAACUCACUUAAAUGUCUUGUUUAGCAAUGGAAAUUUUGGGCUCCAUUGUAGUCGUAAGUCAAGGACUACUUGUAUUUGCUGUAUAGGCUUGUGUUGGCUGAAUCUUUACCCCCGUUACAAGCCAUUCUUUCAGAAGGUCCAAACAUUUUUAGAAAGAUCUGAAUUAUACCUUGUCCCCGAAAACAAGACCCUGUUUUAUAUUUUUUUGAACCCUGAAAUAAGCGCUUGGCCUUAUUGCCAUGCGCUCAAAAGCCCAAUUGGGCUUAUUAUCAGGGGAUGUCUUAUUUGGGGGGAAACAGGGUAGAACACCGUUUUGUAUAUUGUAUAUUGAUUUUUAAAUUUGUUCUCUAGAAACAGUAUUUUAUACAUGUACUCCUAUAUAGGGGGUUUUCAAUGUAGAAAUUUUACCAUAAAGCAAAAGGUAUUGAAAUGUAGUUUGGAGAAAAAUUCACUAUAAUGGGCCUUGGGUAGGGUGACUUUUAGUGAAAUAUGUACUUUUUUUCCUUUCUCUUCCUGUCAACCUCCCAUAAAACUAAAACUUGAGUGGGAAAUCUAGGAAACUAGAAUAAAUCUCAUGACAGGUCACAUUUUAUGCAAAGUUAGCUAUAUCACUGCCUAUGUGUAUAUAAGUAGAUAGAUGACUGUAAUCAUUAUUACUGUGUAUAUGUUUGUUGUUUAUUAAAGGGGAGAAUCUUUUUGUAAAAGUCUGGCACGAUAUUGUGUAAACAACUAAAGGAAAAAAAUCCACUUUUAGUAAUGUAUAAACACUUGCAACAUGUGAAAUAGAAAAAAAAGGUAAAUUGGUGCUUUGGUUUUUUUCACUGUUAAAACAAUAAAUGAUAAGAAAAUGUUCUUGCUAUUGUUCACUGUAAAAUACUGCUUUGAAGAGAGCUGUGCAUUUGUUCUCUAUUUUUUAAAAUAAAACUGAAAAAAUGUGCAUA